UGAUGAGUGUGCUGAAGGACGCCAUUACUGUCGUGAAAAUACGAUGUGUGUCAAUACUCCAGGUUCUUUCAUGUGCAUCUGCAAAACUGGAUACAUCAGAAUUGAUGAUUAUUCAUGUACAGAGCAUGAUGAGUGCAUCACAAAUCAGCAUAACUGCGAUGAAAAUGCUUUAUGCUUCAACACUGUGGGUGGACACAACUGUGUUUGCAAGCCAGGCUAUACGGGGAAUGGAACCACUUGCAAAGCAUUUUGCAGAGAUGGCUGUAGGAAUGGAGGAGCCUGCAUUGCCGCUAAUGUGUGUGCCUGCCCACAAGGCUUCACUGGACCCAGCUGUGAAACGGAAGGAUGUGUGGAAUUACCCAGGAUUUCAUGACUUCACAAUUCGUUUUACUCAUUUGGAGCCCAUUUAUACUGGAAUCUAUGAUCGUAUUAAAGCAUAG